AUGGGGUCAUUAGAAGCUGGACACAGACACAGGGAUCACCUCCCGUCCAUCGGUUUUCUAGGUCCGAGAGCUUCAGCCGCCUCCCCUGCGCCCCUCCUCAGUCCGGCCGCGAUGUACUCGAAUCAACCUCCCCCGUAUCCCUACUCUACGACUCCUACAACUGCAGGCCCCGGAUACGUCUCCCCCUCAGAACCGCGACGCGCCGACGACGAGAAAGACAAGCCUCGGCAGUCCCUCCCUUCCAUCCAUGAGGCGUUGGGCAAUGAUAACCCCCUCCCUUACCCUGGGCCUCCAACAUCUGCUCCUCCUCAGCAAUCCCAUAGCGCACCUCCUCCGCAUCACAUCCCCAACUUCGCUGGUCGUCCUGGCCCCGAAGGGCCGCCAGGUCCUCCUAACCCCUUCUCGAACGGAGCGCCAAACAACUCCUUCCCGCGCGAUUCCACACUGCAUCACCAGCAAUCAUUACAGAACGAACCGUCAAGACCUAGUUUAACGUCUUUAAACACGCAAGAUUCAAGAAAUGCUUCCCUUCAGUCCCUGAGCUCGGGCAAAUCACCUACCCAAAGCACUAGCACCAGCAAUACUUCCAUUCCUGGUUCGCAGACUGGCUCUGGAUACGAGUACAAUGCACCACCUACCGCAAGUAGUGUCGCUUCGCCAACUGGGUACGGCGGUUAUUCGCAACCCUAUCCGUUUCAGUCGCAGCCUCCUUCUGGAGCACCCGUGUACCCGGUCACAUCUUAUGAGUCUAGGCCGUAUGUAGGCCCGCGCGUGGAUGACAUGAACGCUGCAAUUCCAGGACAUACGUUCCCGGGACACUCCCAAAAUGACUCUGUGAAACGCCAUCUCGACGUGUACGAGGUUGAAACAUCACUGAAUGAGAUGGUCGAUUGUAGCUCGCAGACAUUAAACUUUUCACGGCACUAUGCGACAAGAGCGCACCAGAGUCGUUCGGGGCCUGUAAUGGGCUCUUUACCCUCGGUGCAGGAGGUGGAAGAGAUGCUAAACACCCACCGAAGAAACCACGAGGCUCUGAUGCGUCUAAGAAGCGCGGUUCUCAGCCAAGAGCAUGCUCUGGCUGAGCAGAUGGCGCAAAGGAAAGCAUACAAGGCUGGUGGACUUCAUGAUGACGACCGCAUGGCGAUGUACCAGGACGAGUUCAAGAGCAACGGAGGAUUUGCCGGUCCAGAUGCAAAGAAACGGCGCGGUAAAGCUGCUCCUCCCGGUCGUUGCCAUAGUUGUAACCGCGCUGAAACCCCGGAAUGGCGUCGUGGCCCAGAUGGCGCACGAACUCUGUGCAAUGCCUGCGGUCUACACUAUGCAAAGUUGACGCGCAGGAUGGGCGCCAACAAGGCGGCGAAUUUGGGGUCUAACCUCAAACCCAAGAUUGACUCGGUAUCACCACGCAGUCAUUAA